GGUGCCAGGUGGGGCUGUAGGGUUUCUGGGUCCUUGGAAGUUCCCCAUCUCUGCUGCAACCAGGUUCCCGCAGGGCUCCAGAGCCAUCCUCUCUGGUGUCCUCUGUUGCACCGGUCCAGCCACGCCUUAGGCUGGCGGCUCUCCACUCAGUCCUAGGCCAGGAUCGAGUCAGCUUAGACACGCAACCCACCGCUUUUACGUCAUGCUUGAGGCUCACCCAAGCCCACCCUGGCCGGGUGCUCCCUUCCCCACCUCCCAUGCAACUAAACUUCAUGUUUCAGUGCUGGCCCCAGGUCUGACUGGGAAGCGGGUAAAUCCUUGAGAAGAACUUGAGGCCAAAAAGGGAUGUGAGGAGACUCGGAUCCCAUACCUUUAGCCUGAGAGAACAACGCUCUUCUUGGAUAGCAGGUCCCCCAGAGUAAUAGCCCAAAGGGGGCAGUUACUCUCUCAGCUACCCCAGGAAUGUGGUCGUGAGGCAGAACCCACAGCUUUCGGAAGAAAAGUAGCCUUGGACCAUGGCCCAGGUCAGCAUCAACAGUGACUACAGCGAGUGGGCCUCCAGCACUGAUGCUGGGGAACGGGCCCGCUUGCUGCAAAGUCCCUGUGUGGACAUGGCCCCCAAGAGUGAGGGGGAGGCGUCUCCUGGAGAUCCAGACAGAGGCACCACGUCUACGCUUGGAGCCAUCUUCAUUGUGGUCAAUGCCUGCCUGGGUGCAGGACUGCUCAACUUCCCAGCAGCCUUCAGCACUGCUGGGGGUGUGGCAGCUGGCAUCGCCCUGCAGAUGGGCAUGCUGGUUUUCAUCAUUAGUGGGCUUGUCAUUCUGGCCUAUUGCUCCCAGGCCAGCAAUGAGAGGACCUACCAGGAGGUGGUGUGGGCCGUGUGUGGCAAGCUGACGGGCGUGCUGUGUGAGGUAGCCAUCGCGGUCUACACCUUCGGCACGUGCAUCGCCUUCCUCAUCAUCAUUGGGGACCAGCAGGACAAGAUUAUAGCUGUGAUGACAAAGGACCCCGAAGGGGUCAGCGGCAGCCCCUGGUACACAGACCGCAAGUUCACCAUCAGCCUCACUGCCUUCCUCUUCAUCCUGCCCCUGUCCAUCCCCAGGGAGAUCGGCUUCCAGAAAUAUGCCAGUUUCCUGAGUGUCGUGGGCACUUGGUACGUCACCGCCAUUAUUAUCAUCAAAUACAUCUGGCCAGAUAAAGAGAUGCGCCCAGGGGACAUCCUGACCAGACCAGUUUCCUGGAUGGCCAUGUUCAAUGCCAUGCCCACCAUCUGCUUCGGAUUUCAGUGCCAUGUGAGCAGUGUGCCCGUGUUCAACAGCAUGCAGCGGCCAGAGAUAAAGACCUGGGGUGGAGUGGUGACAGCGGCCAUGGUCAUAGCUCUGGCUGUCUACAUGGGCACAGGCAUCUGUGGCUUCCUGACUUUCGGAGCUGCUGUGGAUCCAGAUGUGCUCCGGUCCUACCCCUCCGAGGACGUGGCUGUGGCCGUUGCCCGAGCCUUCAUCAUCCUCAGCGUGCUCACCUCCUACCCCAUCUUGCACUUCUGUGGGCGGGCUGUGGUGGAAGGCCUGUGGCUGCGCUACAAGGGGGUGCCAGUGGAGGAGGACGUGGGGCGGGAACGGCGGCGCCGAGUCCUGCAGACGCUGGUGUGGUUCCUGCUCACCCUGCUGCUAGCCCUCUUUAUCCCUGACAUCGGCAAGGUCAUCUCAGUCAUCGGAGGCCUGGCAGCCUGCUUCAUCUUCAUCUUCCCAGGGCUGUGCCUCAUUCAGGCCAAACUAUCGGAGAUGGAGGAGGUCAAACCAGCCAGCUGGUGGGCACUGGUCAGUUAUGGAGUCCUUCUGGUCACCCUGGGAGCUUUCAUCUUUGGCCAAACCACAGCCAAUGCCAUCUUUGUGGACCUCUUGGCUUGAACACUGCCUCUCACCAAACAUGUGACCAAGAACCAUCUCCUGGAGCUGUGGAGCUACCCCAAGUCCCACAUCCUCUUCCAGCUGGUGACAUCUGGACACAUUUCUCCAGGGACAGUCAUGGGACAGAAUCAACUGCAAAUCUGUGGGCGGCUCCCACCCAGCUGCCUUCCUGCUCCCCAACCUUGGCAUUGUCAUGGAUGGUGGCAGGAGGUCUCACAUCACAGGAGCAUCAAACCUUUGGGACCUGAGAAGGGAGAAGGUCAGUGAGUCCCAGAAGAGAGAAACCAUCUGACUUCCUCUGGGAAAAAAAAAAAAACCACAAAAUUGUAUACAUAGGACUGGCGUCCUUCACAGAACUUGUCGGGACUGUGCUCAGUACCUCGGGGUUUAGUGCCUGCCCGUGUCUCUUAGAAGCCAGCGCUGGCUUCUCGUGGGACCUGUCAACUUCCAAAGGGGACGCUGACAACGUAUAAUUAUCCAUUCCCUUGUGGGCCUUCCUGUGAGUCUCUGGUAGCCUCCCAAGUCUUUAGGGUUCCUGCCCUGACUUUAUCCAAACCUAAUGGGUCCAGAUUGGGUAUCCUCCUAUGUCCCUAGACAUCACUAAGUCAAAUGUUUACAAAUGGUGCUGGCCUGCCUCUGGGCUAGGGGCUGCCAUUGCCAUGGUGCUGCGAGCACUCCUCCAUUAGCUUCCCACGUGAACAGAGGGUCUGUUGUCUUUUCAGAGGCUCUGGGUGAGUCACAGGCUUGGGACCUUUGGACCUUCCUUCCAGGCCAGGCUGCCCAAGGUCUGGGUGAAGUCCCAGCACCAUUUCUUCGCUCUUCCAAACCGGUCCUCUCUCUUCCCCAGCUAAACCUAGCCCAAGAACCCAGAAGGAACUCAGACUGGGGACCCUGGACAUUUCCUGUACUAUCUCCAUCUUGACUAACUUCCAUUCCCACACCCCACCCAUCCCUCACCCCCUACCCUAUCUCUUCUCUUUCAUUCAUGGAUGGGUUUUGGCAUUUAGCAUGGUAGGGAUGGCACCAAACCGUGCCACAUCAGCUUGCCCAGCUCCACACAUCUGUCAGUCCUGGCCUCAAUGCCUGGGAAUCCCUCUGAGUCAUAGCUGCCCCAGGUGAGGUCAUACCAGACACUGUAUUUUGAGGACCUUAACCUCUUGCCUGCCCCUGCUCACUUUUAUAAGUCCAGGUACAAAACUGAUCUCCACAUAAUUUUCUCCAUCUAUUCUGCCUAAAAUACCUAUCCUAGAAGGGAAAGGGGGCCUUCAAGGCAGCCCCCACCCCAACUCAGGUCAGUUCAGUAGAGGCGGCAGAAGCUCAGCAUCCAGACUAGCUGAAUUGCUCUUUUCCCAUCCAUUCCUGGUACCCAUCCUCUCUGGUCCCAUGAUGGCUGUUUUCCCUCGGUUUCCAAGUGCUGCUUUCUAGGGACUGGCCAGGGGUAAAGCUGGGGCAUAGAGACAGGCCGGCUGAGACAGUUGACUAGAAUCCAGCUUCAGCUUGAUCUCAGGACCCCUUCCCUUCCUCUCCCUUGUCCUCUUCUAGUGUCUUGCUGGGUUCUUUCCUGCUCAAGCACACUUGGAGAAGUGGGGAUGGUUAAUAAAGGGGCU